AUGUUGACCAGGGAACACCGCUGGGGCCGAUCUGAGGAGCAGGAACCGGAGCCCAGGCUGAGUCCGAAAACUGUCGGAUCCAGACUUUGGCUCGGGGACGGUUGGAAGUGGGAGAUGGAGAUGCCAGAGGAACCGGCCAAGAGUAAUAGUGGGCAUUCGCUACCCCCAGUUUAUAUUUAUAGUCCCGAGUAUGUCAGCAUUUGCGACUCCCUCGCCAAGGUCCCCAAACGGGCCAGUAUGGUCCACUCUCUGAUCGAAGCAUAUGCCCUGCAUAAACAGAUGAGGAUAGUGAAGCCCAAAGUGGCCUCCAUGGAGGAGCUGGCCAGCUUCCACACUGAUGCCUAUCUGCAGCAUCUCCAGAAAGUCAGCCAGGACGGUGAUGAGGACCACCCAGACUCCAUAGAAUAUGGACUAGGUUACGACUGUCCAGCCACACAAGGGAUAUUUGACUACGCAGCAGCCAUAGGAGGAGCUACAAUCACGGCUGCCCAGUGCCUGAUUGACGGGAAGUGUAAAGUAGCGAUUAACUGGUCUGGAGGGUGGCAUCACGCAAAGAAAGAUGAAGCAUCUGGUUUUUGUUAUCUCAAUGAUGCUGUCCUGGGAAUAUUAAGAUUGCGACGGAAAUUUGAACGUAUCCUCUAUGUGGAUUUGGAUCUGCACCAUGGAGAUGGUGUAGAAGACGCCUUCAGUUUUACAUCCAAAGUUAUGACUGUGUCCCUGCACAAAUUCUCCCCAGGAUUUUUCCCAGGAACAGGUGACAUGUCGGAUGUUGGCCUGGGGAAAGGCCGCUACUACAGUGUCAAUGUGCCCAUUCAAGAUGGCAUACAGGAUGAGAAGUACUAUCACAUCUGUGAAAGUGUGCUGAAGGAAGUGUACCGGGCCUUCAAUCCUAAAGCAGUGGUUUUACAGCUGGGAGCAGACACCAUUGCUGGGGACCCAAUGUGUUCCUUUAACAUGACGCCAGUGGGCAUCGGCAAGUGUCUGAAGUAUGUCCUUCAGUGGCAAUUGGCAACCCUGAUUUUAGGAGGAGGAGGCUAUAACCUUGCCAACACGGCUCGUUGCUGGACAUACUUGACCGGGGUCAUCCUAGGGAAAACACUAUCCUCUGAGAUCCCAGAUCAUGAGUUUUUCACAGCAUAUGGUCCUGAUUAUGUGCUGGAAAUCACGCCAAGCUGCCGGCCAGACCGCAAUGAGCCCCAGCGAAUCCAGCAAAUCCUCAACUACAUCAAAGGGAAUCUGAAGCAUGUGGUCUAGUUGACAAAAAGAGAUCAGGUUUCCAGAGCUGGGAAGCAGUGCCUAUAAUGAAGACAGUGUGUUGAUGCAAGCAGUUUGUGGAAUUUGUGACUGCAGGGGAAAUUUGGAAGAAAUUACUUCCUGAAAAUUUCCAAGGGGCACCAAGUGGCAGCUGGCCUCCUGGGGUGAGGAGGCAGGCACCCCAGAGCCAGGCCUAGGGGGAAGAGGGAGAUAUCCAACAUUUAAAGUGUUUAUUUUAAAGCAUACACACAAAUGCAGUUUUUAAUCUUUCAAAAUUAUUUUUAAGCAAGUUGGGGAGGGGAGUAUUUUUAUCUUCUUAAAGGGGACAAGUCAGAAGUUACAAGAAGGUGGGAUUGGGGGGUGGGCAGCAGACAGGCAGGUUUGGACCCCAGGGCCAUCUAGGUAGAGUUUGGGGUGGGGGGGCGGCUAUCAGCAGACCGGGAGGGAAGAGGAGUCUACCAGUUUUGUUUUAGUAUUAUGCACUCAAGUUGUUUCUAAUAAAAUCUUCAAAAUCCCA